AUGAAUGAUACGUCCCUGGCAUCACAAGAAAUAGUUUUUGAAUAUUUUGAAAAUGAAAAUACGGAAAAUAUUGAAAAUGUUAUAAAUUCAAAUAUACAAGUCGUCGAUGAUGUGCUUCCGUUUCCAAUGCCUAAAAAAACAACUAAAAAAGCAGGUUACAUAGAAUCGGCCUUAGAUAAACUGGACAAUAUUGAAAAAAGAGCAAGACUUGAAAAAAAAGACGAUGAUUUGGACAAUUUCGGAAAAUAUGUUGCGUCUUCAUUGCGAAUUUUGAAUACCGAAAAUAGCAUACAUGCUCAGGACGAAAUACAAGCAAUAUUAUCAAAAUAUAAACUGCAAGAUCUUCGAGAAAAAGAACGACAAAACUCUACUCCAAUGCCAGAAUCCCCGUAUUCGAAAUAA